AUGGCGUGCGGGAACUGGGCUACAUCCGCCGACUCAUGGCCUCCCUCCGGCCCUCCUACCGAGAGCAGCGAAUGUGCUUCGGGCGACCAGCAGGACGAGUUUUGGGCCAGCGGUUCCGUUGUGGCGUGCUGGCGCGAAACUUUACAACCCACCAUCUUCUGGACGGUAGCCAAAUGUGUACGAUUCAGGUCGGAGAAACUCAGGUCGGAAGGAAUUAAGACGGAGGAGGGUGACAAACGGAUGGCUGAGGGAGGGAGCGGGUUCCUGAAUUGA